AUGAGGUCCGGGGACUGCUACGCUGGAGCUCCCCUGAUCAAAGGCCCCGGGCAGCAGCUCGAAGGCCGCCGCAUGUCCUCGAAGUGCGCCUCGCAGCAGGAGGGCGUCCAGCGGCUUUGCGUCUGUCGUAGCCAAGGGGAGGCGCCCCUGAACUUGCAGAGCGCCUCGGUGCACUUUGCCCUCCGCGAAUCCGACGCCGCCACGAGGUCCAAAAAGGCCUUUGCCGCCACCAAGGAGCGCCGCUCCCGACCGAACUUGAAGCGCUUCGGGGAGACUCUCCAUCGAGGCGCCGUGCCUCGGAGCCAGCUGAGCCCUGCGAAGCUGAGCAUCCUGCUGGUGGUGCCCGAUGGAGGAACCGAAGAGAUCUUGGAACGAACCGUGCGCAGCCUGGUGGAAGCUGGAGGGUUCGCGGCCUCGGCGGUGCUGCUGGCGCACACCGAGCCCAAGUUGUGGAUCGCCAACCUCGCAGAGACCUACGACCUCUCGCGCCUCCAGGUGGAGUUGGAUCAACGGAUCCGUUGGGACCAGGCGCGGCGCGCGGCCCUCUACAAGGGUGCGCUGGAGACGGUGUUGAAGCGUGAAGAUGGGAGCCAAGUGGUCUUGACACUCUCCUAUGGAGACUUAGUGGCGCCCGAUGCCCUUUG